UAAAUGACAGCAAGAGCAAAAGAAGGUGAUGUCAAUAGCAGCAUCCAUCUACUAAUUACUUGAAUAAAACCAAAUUAGUGUCCGUCUGCAUCAUCAUCUCUGAAUUAACAGCUAUGUCAAAUACAAUAUUAAUAAUUAAAAAGAAAAAAUAAAAAAUAAAAAAAAGAAGGUGGUGGACUUGGAUCCAGAUCUUCUGCUUUUCUUCUAUAAACAAAACAUGGGGUUCCUCCCUCAACAAUCCCAACACAGACCAACUCUUCUCUUCCAUCAGCAGCAAUGCCUGCACCUCCAAGGAAUCUCUUACUUUCUCCCAAUAUCUUCUCCUUCACCUUACUUCUGUCCAUAAACUCUCUUCUCUUGCGUUCUUGCUACUCCAUUGACGAGCAAGGCCAAGCUCUUUUAGCAUGGAAGAACAGCUUAAACACCUCCACAGAUGUACUAAAUUCUUGGAACCCUUUAGACUCAAGUCCAUGCAAAUGGUUUGGGGUCCAUUGCAACUCAAAUGGCAACAUUAUAGAGAUAAACUUGAAAGCUGUAAAUUUGCAAGGCCCACUGCCUUCAAAUUUUCAGCCUCUCAAGUCCUUGAAGAGCCUUAUCCUUUCAUCAACCAAUCUUACUGGUGCAAUCCCGGCAGCGUUCGGAGAUUAUCUUGAGCUUGCUCUCAUUGAUCUUAGUGAUAAUUCUCUCUCAGGUGAAAUCCCAGAGGAAAUAUGCAGACUAAAGAAGUUGGAAACUUUGUCUCUCAAUACAAAUUUUCUUGAAGGUGCCAUUCCUUCUGGUAUUGGAAACCUCUCAAGUCUAGUAUAUCUGACUCUUUUCGACAAUCAACUCAGUGGCGAAAUUCCGCAGGGCAUUGGAGCAUUAAGCAGAUUACAAAUUUUUAGAGCAGGUGGGAAUAAAAAUCUGAAGGGUGAGCUGCCUCAGGAGAUUGGAAACUGCACCAACUUGGUUGUUUUAGGGCUCGCUGAAACCAGCAUUUCUGGGAGUCUUCCUUCAUCAAUUGGGAAGCUGAAAAGGAUUCAAAAGGUAGCCAUUUACACAACACUCUUGUCAGGUUCUAUACCAGAAGAGAUUGGAGACUGCAGUGAGUUGCAGAACCUGUAUCUGUAUCAGAAUUCUAUUUCCGGUCCAAUCCCGAGGCGAAUUGGGAAACUCAGCAAGCUUCAGAGUUUGCUUUUGUGGCAGAACAGCAUAGUAGGGGCUAUCCCAGAUGAACUUGGAAGUUGCACAGAGCUUACAGUCAUUGAUUUAUCCGAUAAUCUUCUAACAGGAAGCAUACCGAGAAGCUUUGGAAACCUUUUGAAGCUUGAAGGGCUGCAGCUGAGUGUUAAUCAGUUAACAGGUACCAUACCUGUUGAAAUCACCAAUUGUACUGCUCUCAGUCUUUUAGAAGUAGACAACAAUGAAAUCUCCGGUGAGAUUCCUGCUGGUAUCGGCAGCCUAAAGAGCCUGACUCUAUUCUUUGCCUGGCAGAACAAUCUAACAGGCAAUAUCCCAGAGUCUCUUUCAGAGUGCAAGAAUCUUCAGGCUCUUGAUCUAUCAUAUAACAGUCUUUUUGGCUCAAUACCCAAGCAGAUUUUUGGAUUGCAGAAUCUCAGCAAGUUACUGAUACUUUCCAAUGAUUUAUCAGGCUUUAUACCACCUGAUAUAGGUAACUGCACCAGCUUGUAUAGGUUGAGGCUGAAUGGCAACAGGUUAGGAGGUACUAUUCCAUCGGAGAUCGGAAAUUUGAAGAUUUUGAAUUUCUUUGAUUUGAGUACCAAUCUUCUUGUUGGAGGAAUCCCUCUAUCAAUAUCUGGAUGUCAAAACAUGGAGUUUCUUGAUCUCCAUUCAAAUGGGAUCACUGGUUCUGUACCUGAUACUCUGCCUAAAAGCCUAAAGUAUGUGGAUGUCUCAGACAAUAGGCUUACAGGUUCACUGGCUCAUAGCAUUGGUUCAUUGAUUGAAUUAACCAAGCUUAAUUUGGCGAAGAAUCAACUUUCAGGUGGAAUUCCAGCAGAGAUAUUGUCAUGCAGUAAGCUACAAUUGCUUAACCUUGGAGACAAUGGUUUCUCUGGAGAAAUCCCAAAGGAACUUGGUCAAAUCCCAGCCCUGGAAAUCUCUCUCAAUCUUAGCUGCAACCAGUUUUCCGGCAAGAUCCCAUCCCAAUUCUCUGAUCUGAGCAAGUUGGGAGUACUUGACAUCUCUCACAACAAGCUUGAAGGAAGCUUAGAUGUUCUUGCAAAUCUCCAAAACCUUGUUUUCCUUAAUGUCUCCUUCAAUGAUUUCUCUGGUGAAUUGCCUAACACCCCAUUUUUUCGAAAGCUUCCACUUAGUAACCUUGCUUCAAAUCAAGGUCUCUACAUUGCUGGAGGUGUAGUAACACCAGGAGUCCACUUGGGACCCGGAGCACACACUAGAUCAGCAAUGAAACUAUUGAUGUCUGUUCUUCUCAGUGCCAGUGCAGUUCUAAUACUACUAGCUAUCUACAUGCUAGUUCGUGCUCGCAUUGGUAGUCAUGGGCUGAUGGAAGAUGAUACUUGGGAAAUGACUUUGUAUCAGAAGCUUGAAUUCUCCGUUGACGACAUAGUAAAAAAUCUAACGUCAUCUAAUGUCAUAGGCACUGGCAGCUCUGGAGUUGUGUACAGGGUGAUUCUUCCCAACGGGGAGAUGAUAGCAGUAAAGAAGAUGUGGUCAUCAGAAGAGUCUGGUGCUUUCAAUUCUGAAAUUCAGACUCUCGGUUCAAUCAGACACCGAAACAUUGUCCGGCUUCUGGGCUGGUGUUCAAACAAGAAUUUGAAGUUGCUUUUCUAUGAUUAUCUUCCACAUGGAAGCUUGAGUUCUCUCCUUCAUGGUGCUGGCAAGGGAGGAGCAGAAUGGGAAGCUCGAUAUGACGUUUUGUUAGGUGUGGCACAUGCACUUGCAUACCUGCACCAUGACUGUCUCCCACCAAUUCUACAUGGGGAUGUUAAAGCCAUGAAUGUUCUGUUAGGGCCAGGCUAUGAACCUUACCUAGCUGACUUUGGCCUAGCAAGGGUGGUGAAUAACAAUUCUGAUGAUGAUCUUUGCAAGCCAACUGAAAGACCUCAACUUGCUGGUUCUUAUGGAUAUAUGGCUCCAGAGCAUGCGUCGAUGCAGCGUAUUACCGAGAAAAGUGAUGUGUACAGUUUUGGCGUGGUGCUUCUAGAGGUUUUAACAGGGAGGCAUCCAUUAGACCCAACUUUGCCUGGUGGCGCUCAUUUGGUUCAGUGGGUUAGGGAACAUUUAGCUAGCAAGAAAGAUCCAGCUGACAUUCUUGAUUCAAAGCUUAUAGGGAGAGCUGACCCUACAAUGCAUGAAAUGCUCCAAACAUUAGCAGUUUCAUUCCUGUGCAUCAGCACUCGAGUUGAUGAUCGUCCAAUGAUGAAGGAUGUUGUUGCAAUGUUAAAGGAGAUUCGGCACGUCGAUACCGUAAGGGCAGAACCUGACCUGUCCAAGGGGGUUAAUUUGACAGCCGUUCGCUCAUCACCUCCUGCUAGGAUUGUCGUUUCACAAGGAUCUUCAAACUGUUCCUUUGACUUCUCAGAUGAUUCAAUCAAAUAUUGAAUAAAGCCUCGGAAAAUAGGAGGUUUGAGUGCUUUUGUCCAUAGAAGGAUCCAUUAAAAUGUGCAACCACAGUGGGAAUUUUUAGUGUAAUUUUACCCUUUUGAAUUGUAGUUUUCACUAUACACGGUGUUGUAGAUUGUACUACUGAUUCCUUCGAGUAAAUUCAGUCAAGAACAUUGACAAAUGUAACAAAAAUAAGAACUUUUGAGGCUUAUAGAGGGUUAGAUUGAAAGCUGUUUGAUAGCACCAAUACUAGAGGUGGAUUGGAUUAUCUUGGAAGUGGGGAUAGUGGCAAGAGAAUGACUGCAGGCUAUGUAGAAGCUGGACCAAUGAUUUGUUCAUUUGGAUCAAUGUAAUUGGAACUUAUUGCCAUGGAAUGAAUUCUCUCUCUCUCUC